AUGGACGAAACACUGGAUGUAGAUGAAAUAUGGAAUGCUUUAGGACCAUUUGGAAAAUUCCAACGAAUACAGCUAUUUUUCAUACUGAUCGGCGUGAUUCCUCUGCCAUUUCAUCUACUUUCAACAGUAUUCAUAACCUAUCGGCCACCUUUCCAAUGCAACGAUACCACUGUGGAUAUUAUAUUUGGUGACGACCCCGACAUAUAUGACAAUGCCUCUUAUAAUUUUGUGUACAACAAGUGCUCUAUCGAUGUAUACACGGAUUCGACCAAUUCAACUCUCAUAAAGUCUACAGAAUGUUUGUCAGGAUACUCCUAUUCAGUGCCAAAGGACAGAACUAUUGUCUCCGAGUGGGACAUUGUUUGCGACAGUGCUGAACUGUCGGAGUUUUCCCAGACUCUGGUCAUCAUUGGUCAAGCGGUUGGCGCUGUCAUAUUUACGUCUCUUUCGGACAGAUACGGAAGACGAAAAAUCCAUGUAUUGGGACACAUCUUACUAUUUGUCAUUUCAUUCUCGAUAGCUUGGUCACCAAAUUACACCGUGUUUGCUGUGUUAAGAUUCGUCCUAGGCGCUGUACAGCAGGGCUCUGGACUGACUCUUUCCAUUCUUACGUUGGAGAUGUUACCUUUGGAAUCACGUUAUCUCGCCGAAAUUCUUAAUCAGAUUGUCUGGACGACUGGGAUUAUCGUAUUAGCUCCGUUAGGUUACUUCUUCCGUGAUAUGUCUUGGCGAUACCUUCAGAUGGCGCUGGCUCUUUUCUCCUGCUAUAGUCUUGUGGAGUAUUGUAUCAUGGACGAAUCAUUAAGGUGGCUAUUAGCCAAUGGAAAAAUGAAAGAAGCGGAACGAAUUAUCAGAAAGGCAGCAAAAUUAAACGAAAAGAAUUUCAAUGAUGUCAUCAAAGCAGCAACAAUUAAAAAUUCAAACGAAACGGCAGCUUUAGUUCCGACUGAGACUUCUAUGUCUUCGAACGAAGAAGAAAUUUUAACAAAACUGGAUGAUGCCGAACUCAAAGGAAUUUCCGAUUCAGCAAAAGAGACUAAAGUCACGGAUGCCGUUGAGGUUGGUCGUGGUAGAGAAGAUGCUGCACCUAUCAAACACUACAAUAUCAUCACUAUAUUUCGUCACAAAGUUAUUCUGUUUAAUUCCCUGAUUCUAUGGUAUACAUGGUUGGUCAGCAGUUUAGUUUAUUAUGCCUUAUCACUGACUUCAUCAGCGCUGUCAGGUGACCGUUUCGUCAAUUUCUUUCUGUUAGCUAUUGUGGAGUAUCCAUCGACAUUAAUGGAGUAUCUUCUCCUCAAUAAAAUUGGAAGGCGUAAAACAUGCAUCUUGUUCCACGUGAUCGCAGGGGUAGCCUUAACCGUUUCUACCGUAUGUCAGACACUUUCAGACGGAGCUGGUACACUGGGAGCAGUGUCAUUAGUAUUCAACCUCGUUGGAAAGUUUGGAAUUACAGGAUCGUUUAGUACCAUAUUCUUAUACACACCAGAACUGUAUCCUACGAAUCUGAGAAAUGCUGGAUUUGGCUUCUCCUCAACCGUAGCAAGGGUAGGAGGAAUGUUAGCGCCGUUUGCAGGCCCUUUGAUGGAUUAUAUUACGUGGGGUCCAGGUGCUAUAUCGGCUGCGAUGUGUUUGCUUGCUGUUUACCUAUUGACCUUCCUCCCAGAGACCAAAGGAUACGAAUUGCCCACGACGAUAGAGGAGCUGAAGACUUGGUACAGAGACCAUGCAGGAGACAGAAAGGGCGAGGACGAGGAAAACACUGCACUUUGA